GUCUUCAUCAUGUGCCGGUGGUUUUGCGGCAGAAAUUUUCAUCCUUCACAAGGUCAUGGUGAAUAUCAUGAACGUGAAAAUCAAUUCCGUUCCCGCCCGGAUGAGAAAGAGCUAUGUAGGCGUGGGAAGAGGAAAGAAGAAAAUGGCUUUGUUUCCAAAAGUGAGACAACAAAAGCACCUCCUCCCAUUGAAGUACCUGAAAUUUCACUUGACGAACUGAAAGGAAAGACAAAAAACUUUGGGUCAAAAGCUUUGAUCGGUGAAGGUUCAAACGGGAGAGUGUAUUAUGCUAUUCUAGACAGCGGAGAACCUGUUGCUAUUAAAAAGCUUGAUACUUCAUCAGACCCUGAGCACGAUAAUGAAUUUCUUACACAGCUCUCGAUUGUGUCAAGAUUGAAACAUGAAAAUUUUCUGCAAAUGCUUGGCUACUGCGUGGAAGGAAAUCAACAUGUGGUGGUCUAUGAAUUUGCUACAAUGGGUUCCCUACAUGAUAUUUUGCAUGGAAGGAAAGGUGUCCUUGGUGCACAGCCUGGCCCAGCGAAAGAAUGUGUUGAGGACUACAGAGCAAAACUUGACUGGAUGCAGCGGGUCAAAAUUGCUGUAGAUGCUGCUAAGGGGAUUGAAUAUCUCCAUGAGAAGGUUCAACCUUCGAUAGUCCAUCGGGACAUACGAUCUAGCAAUGUCCUUCUAUUUGAGGACUACAGAGCAAAACUUGCAGAUUUUAAUCUUUCGAAUCAGUCUCCUGACAUGGCUGCUCGUUUGCAUUCCACCCGUGUCCUUGGAAGUUUCGGCUAUCAUGCUCCUGAGUAUGCCAUGGCUAGCCUGCAAAGUCAGAAAAGUGAUGUAUAUAGCUUUGGAGUUGUCCUUUUAGAGCUUCUGACAGGAAGGAAACCAGUCGAUCAUACAAUGCCUAGAGGUCAGCAGAGUCUAGUUACAUGGGCAAUACCUCGUUUGACUGAGGAUAGAGUGAAAGAAUGUGUUGACCCCAGGUUGAAGGGCAAGUAUCCCCCAAAAGGCGUUGCUAGGCUUGCAGCGGUGGCAGCGCUCUGCUUGCAGUACGAAUCAGAUCAUAGGCCUAGCAUGAGCAUUGCCGUCAAGGCACUCUCUCCCCCUUUUCAGCAUAAACCUCAACCUUCAUCAGCUGUUGCGCCUAAUACAACAGAUGACUUUUGUAGUGCCGAUACAUCCUUUUCAGCAUGA